AUGGUACAGCACACUGAAAGCCCGAGAUCGGAUGCUGAUGAUGAUUUCGAGGACCCCUUCAGACGGCUGCGCUUGACCAAUGGCAUCGAGCACGAAGGAACCAGCAAUCUCGUCCGCUCCCAAAUUGUGUCUGUACUCCCGGGGCAAUGCCAUUCAUUGCAGGACAAGAUUCUGAAGCUCACGUUUUCGAGGACCGACGUCGACGAAGCUGGCAGUGCACAAGAUCUCUCAAUCAUCUUGUCUGUCGACGCAUCUCCCGGCUGCGGCGGAGUAGUGUGGCCAGCGGGACAGAUCCUCUCGAAUUACUUGUUUACGAAAGGAUCGACCUAUCUGCGUGGUAAAAACGUUCUCGAACUCGGAAGUGGUACAGGUCUAGUAGGCCUGUUCGCCUCUUUGUUGGGUCCCAAUCACGUAUGGAUCACCGAUCAAGCACCCCUCCUUGGUAUCAUGCGCCAUAACAUCUCGAUGAACAACCUGGAUUCCAAGUGCACUGUCGUUGGGCUGGACUGGUCUGCAUAUUUCGGGCUUUUAUCCAUAUAA